AUGGCUCAAAACGCGUCUGACCCGCCCAUGCGUGCCACCAUCGAAUACGACAACGGCAAGACCCUCAUGGCACAGGGACCACAGGCGCUGCACGACCACGUCGCCUCCCGUAUGGAGAAAGCUCUGGGCAAGAGCCUCCCGCAGAUGGAGGUGCGAUUCCGAGACGUCUCCAUCUCGGCCGACAUCAUGGUCAAGAACGAGACCGACGCCACAGUCGAGCUGCCAACGCUAAUCAACGUCAUCAAGACCGCGGCGUCUUCAAGCCCGGUACGAUCACGCUGGUGCUCGGCCAGCCCGGAUCCGGCAAGUCCUCGCUCAUGA